AUGGAAUGUUAGCUAAAUGGAUAUGAGCUAUCCAGCCAUGAAAAAGCAUGCAGGAACCUUAAAUGAAUCUUCUAAGUUAAAGAAGCCAGUUUUGAAAAGGCUACUACUGUAUAAUUCUAACUGUAUGACAUUCUGGAAAAUGCAAAACUAUGAAGACAGUAAAAAAUCAGAGGUUGAUGGGGUGGGGUUAAGGAGAGGACUUUCAGGGCAAUGAAAAUAUUCUGUAUGUUACUCUACUGGUGGAUACGUGCCAUUAUAGAUUUUUCAAAACCCAUAGAAUGUACAGCACCAAGAGUGAAUAGUCAUGUAAACUAUGGAUUUUGGAUGAUAAUGAGAUGUUAGUUGUAACAAAUGUAUCACUGGUGGCAGCAGAGAAAGGCGCUGAAAUCUCGGACUGUAAUGAUUAUAAACUUCAAGAGAUUAGGGAUGUUGUAGGUCAUAUUCACACUGAUUCCCUAUUGCCUGUGGCGGUACUCGACACAUGAUCAGAGGCAAGAGAGCUGGAACGAGGACACUCACAGCUUUUUGCUUUUGUUUCUACCAAUUUGACAUCAUACAUGGCUACUGAUGGCAAUGCUCUUCAGGUUCCCUUGCGUCAGAAGCAGAGAAAGAAAACUCAAGGUUUUUUCACGAUGAGUCGGAGGAGGAUAUCAUGUAAAGACCUGGGACAUGCUGACUGCCAAGGGUGGCUGUAUAAGAAAAAAGAAAAAGGAACUUUCCUAAGCAACAAAUGGAAAAAGUUCUGGGUGGUGCUGAAGGGAACGUCGCUCUACUGGUACAGCCACCAAAUGUUUUGUACAUUCUGUCAUCUUUGUAGAAAAUUACUAGAAACCUGCAUUGUUCAGCAGGCAGAGAAGGCCGAUGGAUUUGUCAACCUGCCCGAUUUCACUGUGGAGAGAGCUUCUGAAUGCAAGAAAAAGCAUGCUUUUAAGAUCAGCCAUCCACAAAUCAAGACCUUUUAUUUUGCAGCUGAAAAUGCACAGGAAAUGAGUGUGUGGUUAAACAAGCUUGGAUUAGCUGUAAUCCAUCAUGAAACUGUUACAAAGGAUGAAGAAUGCUACAGUGAGAGUGAACAGGAAGACCCUGAAAUAGCUGUGGAGACACCACCCCCUCCUUACUCUGCGGAGACUUUCUCUCCUUUGGCUACACAGCAGGCAUCUUCAUCUUCAUCCAAACUGAGUGACACGUCACGUUCUUCCUCUUCCUUGGAAAAUACAGAAAAGACACACAGCAGUUUGGCCUCCUCCUUAUCUAGAGAAAGACAGUCCUGGAUCGACAUAGUUAAUAGUUCUGCUGCUGCUGACGAUGAGGGACAGUCUAUAACACUUGCCGUGAAUGUUCACUCACCUGCACCCUCAGAGGCAAACAGUCGCAAAGCCCUGGAAAACAGCUGUGCCACAUCAGAAAGUGAAUUUUUGAACUCUUUGUCUAGUGAUGACACUUCUUCAUUGAGUAGCAACCUGGACCAUCUUACUGUCCCAGACAAGCCCACUGGAUCAAAGAUGGCGGACAGAGAGGAAACAAAGGUGUCUGAAGAUGACGAAAUGGAGAGACUCUACAAAUCGUUGGAGCAAGCUAGUCUCUCUCCUCUCGGGGACCGACGGCCUUCAACCAAAAAGGAGCUGAGAAAGUCCUUUGUGAAGCGAUGUAAGAAUCCAUCCAUAAAUGAGAAACUUCACAAAAUCCGAACCUUGAACAGCACAUUGAAGUGUAAAGAACAUGACCUGGCCAUGAUUAACCAGUUGCUGGACGAUCCGAAGUUGACAGCCAGAAAAUACAGGGAGUGGAAGUUGAUGAACACCCUGCUGAUCCAGGAUAUCUAUCAGCAGCAGCGGGCCCCCACGUCUGCCCACGAGGGCACCCCCCAGGGUCUCGAGAAACCACCUUCCUCUGCCCAAGUUGGAAAUUCUAUCUGAGAACAAGCCAACAUUCUCUCCCCUUUUAUCGUACCCCGAGCAGCUCUUCAAGAUGUUGCGAGAGCUCUCCUUAAAAGGAAAACUGAAACCAAUUCCUCAAGCAGUGGCUGCUCCUCUAAAGGCGCGACUUAGGUGAGGACCUACUGUGUUGGCAACAGGAGCCCUCCUUCCGGUGGCAGUGCUUACAUGGAGACUGGAGGGAUUGAGCUCAGUUGAACAAACACCAUGUCCCUCCUAGGAGCUCAUGGUUAUGCUAGGCUUUAGGUGGGAUGUGAGAAAUGUGUCUUCUGUUCUUUGCCCUCAAGAGAACGACAGCGGCACGAAGAUUCUAAUGGACAAAGAUCACGUUCUACCAAGGAUAAUUAUUCAUAGAAGUGUUGUGUUUUCCAAAAGAAGAAUGUAAGGAUGUACAUAUUCCACUGGGUUGGGUAGUUGAAUUCUUCGAAUCAUUUAUGUUUUGAGUGGAGGAAUGUGUUUUAUGGCAGCAACUGGAACGAGACAGUUGUGGUGUUGUGGAACCAAAAUCUCUUGCCUUUGGUCCAGAACGGUGGUGCCUUUUCCGUGAACUGAGAAAUACUUCAGAGCGAGUGGUGUGUGGGAGAGCCCGAGGAGGAGGUGUGCCCUGUCUUCCCACUCUCUCAAAGGACAGCUUGAUGUUUCCACACUCUACCCAGGUGGGGGGGAUCUGAUUAAAGUUUCCUUUCCACAGAGCAGCUACAGAAAUACGUUUUAUUACACUUCGAGACCUCCACUCCCUCCUAGCCUUUCUAAACCACUGUAGGAGAUAGAAAUAAGUCCAGCGGGGAAUGUUUGCUGCGUUCGUCCCUGGGUGUGGUGCCUCUGCACAGUGUCAAUUUAUGUCCAGUUUCCCCAGGAUCAAGAUUGACAAGACGAUUCUGGUGUCUGAAUGGUUUUGAUAUCCUGACUCCAGAAAACCCAAUGAAAACAACAGAAGAGUUAAAAUAUGAUUAUUUUAUUUUUGUAUGUUUAUGUCUCACUUUGGGUCCUCUGUGAAUAGCUCUCUAUAAUGUUUGUUAUUUAAGUAUAUUUAUAGAAGGUCAAAUUACUAGUGUUGUAAAAGAUGGUAAUUAUACAUUUUGCUCAAUGUAUAUUCUCUAAGUAUAUACUUUUUUGCUUGAGAAAGUAGGAAUACUGUUGAUUCACUGGAGUUAUUAUGUUGCACUAUGCUGGAUGAGGAAUGCUCAGGAUAUCUUGUGGGAUAAAUACGGAGGCAUGCGUUAAUAAUCUUCCAUUUUCUGGCUUCUUUCUCUUUCUCUCCCUCUCUUUCUCAACCCAGAGUGCUCAGAUUUCUCUAUCUGUGGUCAGGCAUUCUUUUAACCAGAAAAGGAUCUUCACCUUAGGUUAUUUCUUGUAGUGAAUAAACUUUGUAAGCUUUAUGCCAUUUAUGCCCACAAGCCCUAAACCAAAUGAAACACAGCUAAUAUGGUGUUUUGUCUAAGGUCUAAUAGAAAUUUUGGGGUCUGUUAAAGAGAACUCGUUUUAUUACUAAUUACUAAUCAUGAAUAUUUCUCAUAAGAAUAACCACAACCCAGCAAAAACCCAGUUUGGCCUUACCCCUAGCAAAUGGUCAGGCUAACACAGUGUGCUUUAUAGAGUCAAAGUGUGGCUUGACAUUCAAGUGGAAAUAACCGUCUUUUUUAAUCUGCAAACUAGAUGGAAAUAGUUGUUGAAUAUUUCCUCAAGCUUUACUCAGAAGUGUUAAUACUUUGUAAACAACAACAAUCCUCGUAUUAAGAAA